AUGUUUCCAUCGCGCGCUCUUCUGCUGCUCCUGGCGGCCUGCUUCGUCACCUGCGAGCUCGACAUCACCAUCCUCCACAACAACGACAUUCACGCGCAUUUCGACCCGGUCAGCGCCACCACGGGAGAGUGUAAGGACUCUGGCCAGUGCUACGGCGGCAUAGGCAGGCUGGUCCACGCAGUCAACACCUACAAGCAGAACGUGCCGCACACUCUGAUGCUCUACGGUGGCGACAUCUUUCAAGGUCAUAAAUACUACACGAUGUUCAAGUGGCACGUGGCUGCGGACAUGAUCAACCGGGUGCAAUAUGAUGCCAUGGCUCUGGGCAACCACGAGUUUGACGACGGCCUGACCGGCCUGCUGCCUUACAUGGACAACGUGUCGCAUCCACUGGUGUGCACCAACAUCGACUUCGGACCUCACGCCUCUCCCAUCACGGCCCUGUGCCGCUCCAGCAUCAUCCGGCAAAUCGGCGACCAUAUGGUCGGCAUCAUGGGCUUCACCACCGUCGAAACGCCGGCGCAGAGCUGGCAGAUCAAGCGCGACUGCCGCUACCGCCCGGGUGGCACGCUGUGA